GUUUCACAUUAAUCCCGGCCUUCUUCUUCCUAACCAGUGCUGUGGUGGCCAGGUGAGUUACCUUCCCAUCUGGCUGUGGGAAUAAAGCUUUGGAGAACAAAAAAGGAUGGUGCGGUAUGGGAAGCGUGAGAAAGGAAGAAGGCAGAGAGACAGCGGAUCCGUCAAUUCGUGUUUUUAAUUCUGAGGCAGCCAGAACCACCGUUUUGGAAAUUCCCUGUUAGCUACCUCUUCUCAGAUUGGAAGGAGAGGCUACUCCUCUUUGUAUUGACAUGGGAGUACUUCUGAGAAGAUGGAGAAUAUUAUUUCCUGGUGUGAUGAACUGUAUCAGACUUUGUCAAAAGCAGCAACAACAACAUUGCAGGCUUUACCAUGAGAAAAAGAAGCACCUAUUGCUAUCCCAGCAUUUUCUAUCAAUGAAUCUGCGGGAGGACAAAUUAGUAUCACAAGAGACCAAGUUGGGGGAAAUGACAUGUAAAAGUCAGAAGCUAAUGUUACUAGGAGGCCUGAUCUAUCCCUCCAGCCCUGGUUGCUACCAUUAUAUGCCAUACACUGUCCGAGCAAUGGAGAAGCUCAUCAAGGUGAUAGACCAAGAAAUGCAGAUCAUAGGGGGUCAAAAGGUGAACAUGCCCACAUUAUGCUCAGCAAAGCUCUGGAGAGCUAGUGGAAGGUGGGAACUGAUGGGCACAGAGCUCUUACGCCUGACAGACCGACAUGGCCAAGAAUAUUGUCUAGGACCCACCCAUGAAGAGGCCAUCACGGACCUUGUAGCUUCUCGGGGCUGGUUGUCCUACAAAGAACUUCCCCUCUUGUUGUACCAGAUAACAAGAAAAUUUCGAGAUGAGCCAAAGCCACGCUUUGGGUUGCUGCGUGGCCGGGAGUUCUAUAUGAAAGACAUGUACACAUUUGAUGCUUCUGAGGAGGCUGCCCGCAAUACAUAUGCUCUAGUUUGCAAUGCAUACUGUAAUAUAUUCAAUAGCUUGGGUCUGCGAUUUGUGAAAGUCCAAGCAGCCACAGGGAGCAUUGGGGGGACAAUGUCCCAUGAGUUCCAGCUUCCUGCUGACAUUGGCGAGGACAAGCUGAUGACAUGUACAAACUGUGACUUUUCAGUGAAUGUGGAAUUGAUACCCUCAGAUCAGAGGUAUUGUUCAGUUUGCAAAGGGGAGCUAAUUGAGACCAAAGGAAUUGAAGUUGGCCAUACAUUCUUCUUGGGCACCAAGUACUCCUCUGUUUUUAAUGCUACUUUGCAAACUUCUCAGGGUAAGCUUGCUCCAGCUGAAAUGGGCUGCUAUGGUUUAGGGGUGACACGCAUCCUGGCAGCUGCCAUUGAGGUACUUUCUACAGAAGAUGCCAUUCAUUGGCCAAGUCUCAUUGCCCCUUAUCAAGUCUGCUUCAUUCCCCCAAAGAAAGGCAGCAAGGAGGAGAAAGCAACAGAGCUUCUGGAAGGUUUAUAUGAUUGUGUUGCUGAAGCAGUCCCUAGGCUCAAAGAGGAGAUUGUGUUUGAUGACCGGAUCCAUCUCACCAUUGGUAAAAGGUUAAAAGAUGCUAAAAAACUUGGAUACCCCUAUGUGAUCAUUGGUGGGAAGAAGGCUUUGGAUGAACCUUCACUCUUUGAAGUAUGGAAUCAGAACACCGGAGAGAAUUUGUUCCUCACCAGAGAAGCUAUUAUUGACUUGCUAAGUAAAGUUUCAGCUUGUUAAUUCUUGAAUGUUUUCUUUUAAACAGGUGAGUGAGGAAGUGGAGGUGGAGUUGCUAGCUGUUAUUGUCUAAGCCAAGGACUGAAAGGAAAAGAAAUUAUUACAGUACCUUUUUUCCAAAGCCUCACUGACACUGUUUAACCAUUUACUGGCAAUUGGGAUGUUUUUCCAGCACCGUAGUCCUUGGGUUAGCAGUUGGUUAUGGAAAGCAAUGUGGAGCCUACCUAACAGUCUCUCUGUGAGAGAGUGGGAUGAGGUAAAUGUUAAAAUACUUUGAAAUAAAGUGCUUACCAAAGUCCUUUUCUCCUGAAGCAAUUCAAUAUCCAUGGCUGAUAUAAAAGUGAAACUAGAAAAGGAUAAACUCAGGAGGGACCAGUACCCUUUCUUUAAGUGUCUUCUAGGAGUUUUGCAGGGUGAAGUAGGGGGUGAGAUCAUAUGGACUGAGUACUGCAUUGGCUGUCUGAAUCUUUCUGAUCUUUUGCUGGCUAAAUUAUGAGUUUUAGCUAUAUUGCUUAUGUACUAGUGUGGUGCCUCAACCAUACAAGGUUGGGACAGCUUGAAAAAAACAUUUAAAGUCUUUAUUUUUGUGUAAGAUAUUUGUAUCCCACCUUUCAACUUGGUUUAAAAUGGCAAAGUUAUAUCAAGUUGGAAUUUGUAACAUUUUUAUUUUAGAGAAAUCAUGCAUUUAAGUUGAGCGUAUCUUCAAGUUGUAUGUUUGAUUUUAAAGUCAACUGUCUGAUGUCAGUCUUGGGUCGCACAGAACAUGAACCAAAUAAUAAAACAGAAGGCGAUGGCUUAA